AUGGGUGAUCGAAGGCGACUUCUGGGCUGGCUGGCUCUCCUGAGCCUCCUCGGCUUAAACAUAUUUGAAAAUUGCUGUGAAGCAUAUAAUAUUGGCCUUGAAGGAGCUAAAGUGUUUUCUGGUUCCCGAAAUGAACAAUUUGGAUAUUUAGUUCAACAGAUUACAAACCAAAAAGGCAAAUGGUUGCUUGUUUCUUCACCCUGGAGUGAAAAUAGAAUGGGAGAUAUCUAUAAAUGUGCUGUUCAUCAACAGGGAUCCAAAUGUUCAAAGAUGGACCUACAGACUGUUACAAGCAUACCAAAUGUUAAUGAGAUAAAGAAGGACAUGAAUCUAGGGUUAACUCUAGUAAGAAAUCAAAGAACUGGAGGCUUUUUGGCUUGUGGUCCUUUGUGGGCUCAACAGUGUGGAAGCCAGUACUAUGCAACAGGAAUCUGUUCUGAAUUUGAUCCCAGUUUUCAGAUCCUGAGAAGUUUUUCACCUGCAGUGCAAAACUGUUCUUCAGCCAUUGAUGUGGUGAUCAUAUGUGAUGCGUCAUAUAGUAUUUAUCCGUGGGGAGCUGUGAAAAAUUUUUUGAAAAAAUUUGUUCAAGGUUUAGAUAUAGGCCCAACAAAAACACAGGUAGGCUUAAUUCAGUAUGGCGUUCACCCAGGAGUUGUUUUCAACCUGAAUACCUACACUGACAAAAAAGCUGUUGAACAAGCAAUGUCAAAAACCAUUCAAAAUGGAGGUGCGGAAACUAAUACAUUCAAAGCUAUUGAAUAUGCCAGACAACAUGCUUUCACAAAAGAAGCAGGUGGGAGACCAACAGCCUCAAAAGUCAUGGUGGUUGUCACAGAUGGUGAAUCGCAUGAUGGCUCAAAGUUGCCAGAAGUAAUAGCUAAAUGCAAUGCAGAUAAUAUUACAAGGUUUGGGAUAGCCGUAUUAGGAUAUCUAAUUAGAAAUUUUAUGGAUACUGAAAAACUUAUCCAAGAAAUCAAAGCAAUAGCUAGCCACCCUACAUCAAAAUAUUUUUUUAAUGUGUCCUCUGAGGAAGCACUUUUAGAACAAGCAGGAACACUUGGAGAACGAAUUUUCAGCUUGGAAGGCACUGAUCAAGGUGAUUUAUUCCAGAUGGAAAUGUCACAAGUGGGUUUCAGUGCUUCUUAUUCACAUCAAAAGGAAGUGCUCAUGUUGGGUGCUGUUGGAGCCUAUGAAUGGACUGGAACAGUGGUCCAGAAAAGAGGAGAAAAAGACAUUAUAUUUCCCAAUACAACAUUUCAAAAUGUUUUGCAAAACAGUCAGAACUCCUACUUAGGUUAUUCUCUCGCUGUUCUUUCCAUGGAAAACUCAGUCUAUUUCGUUGCUGGUGCUCCCCGUUCCAAUUACACUGGCAGAGUUGUGGUGUAUGAGGUUGAUGACCAUGGCAACAUAAUCAUCAUUGACUCUCAAAAAGGAGAGCAGAUUGGUUCUUAUUUUGGCAGUGUGGUGUGCUCUGUUGAUAUCAAUGGAGACUCCAUAACAGAUGUGCUGUUGGUUGGUGCACCAAUGUUUAUGAAUAAUUUUAAAAAAGAGGAAGGAAGAGUCUACAUGUUCACAGUCACAAAGGGAAUUUUGGACAAACGAGAAUUCCUUGAAGGUCCAGAAGGACUGGAAAAUGCUCAGUAUGGAUCUGCUAUCACUGCUGUUUCUGAUAUUGAUCUGGAUGGUUUUAAUGAUGUGAUAGUUGGAGCACCAUUAGAGAAUGAGAAUACUGGUGCUAUAUACAUUUAUAAUGGUAAACAAAAGACAUUACACACUAAGUAUUCCCAGAAAAUUUCUGGAUCAAACCCCGCAUUUGCUCAGCAACUCCAGUAUUUUGGAAGAUCAGUAGAUGGCCAUAUUGAUUUAAAUGAUGAUGGAAUUACUGAUGUAUCUGUGGGUGCCAGUGGAAAUGUGAUUCAACUCUGGUCACAGAGCAUAGCCAAUGUGACUUUACAUGCUUUAUCUACUCCUACGAAGAUCAGUCUGCAGAACAAGAACACAGAAGUAGAUUUAAAUAUAUGUUUUGGUGUAACUUUUAGACCUAUCCAUAGGAGUGACAAAGUGGAUAUUAGAUACAACCUAACAUUGGAUGCGGAUCUCUUAUCUUCACGCAUUAUCUCUAGAGGAUUAUUUAAAGAAAACAAUGAGAGGUCUCUGCAGAGUAGUAUCGUAGUCCACCCUCUGAAGACAUGUGUGAAUCAUACUUUUAACGUGCAGGCUCCUUCUGAUACUAUUGACUCCCUUAACGUGCGCAUUGAUAUUGCGCUGAAGAACCCCAACUCAAGCCCUGUUCUUGAUAAAACAUCUCCUACCACUCUUGUUUAUAGCAUACCAUUUGUCAAAGAUUGCGGUGAAGAUGAAGUUUGCAAGACAGAUCUCAUUCUGGAAGUUGAACAGAAAAAUACUGGAAACAACAAACAGUAUUUUCUUGUCACCAGUAAAAACAAAAGACUGACAUUUGGCGUGAAAUUGAAAAACACGAAUGAAAAUUCAUACAACACCAGAAUUCAAGUGGCUUUUUCUGAAAACUUGUUUUUUGCUUCAUCUUUUUCAGUGGUGGAUGAAAGCGAAGUUUUAUGUCAGAUGGCAGUUGUCCAUCAUCUUGUUGUCUGCCAAAUCAGCUAUCCUGUUUUUAAAGGAGGGCAAGAGGUAUCCUUUGAUAUUAAUUUUGACUUCAGUUUGAAAAACCUUCAGAAUGUGGCAGUAUUACAUUUUCAAGCCUUGAGUGCAAGUAAUGAAGAAGAUUAUACAAACAAUCAGGUGAACGUAACACUUCCACUUCGUUAUGAUGCAGAAUUUCACUUAAUGAGGUUUACCAGUAUGGACUACUAUGAAGUAUAUUCUAAUCAUAACGUUUACACCAUGGUGAAUAAUUUUGAUGAAAUUGGACCUGUAUUUAAUUUUUCAGUUAAGGUCAUAAGAGGAAGUAAUCCAAUCAAUAUGGCAAUUUUAAAAAUUCAUAUUCCUAAUCAAACUAAGGAAAAUAACCCUUUGAUGUAUGUGACUGCAGUCCACACCAGUCAGGGCAGUGACAUCAACUGUCAUGGACUCAUCAAUCCACAUAAAAUUGGAUCACAAGGCUAUGUUGCAUCAUUUCAGAAAGAAAACUUCAAAGAUUUGAAAGAAUUGAACUGCAAGAAUGUCAGAUGUGAUACGAUCACGUGCAUGCUAAAAGAUAUAUCCCUGAAACCUGAAAAUUAUGUUAAUAUUUCUACUAGAAUCUGGAAUGGGACAUUUGCAACUUCAGCCUUCCAGAAAAUAGAAUUAUCUGCAAGUGCUGAAAUUGAUGCCCAAGAUUCCGAGUUGUUUAUAACAGGAGAAAGCACUUUAUCUAUUCCAAUUACAAUAAUCAAACCUGAUGAGAAAGCAGAAAUACCCAUUGGAAUUGUAAUAGCAAGUGUCCUUAUAGGUCUUCUCUUGCUAAUAAUUAUUAUUGCUGUUUUAUGGAAACUUGGUUUCUUCAAGAGAACAUACAAGAAAAUGGAAACAGAUUUGGAAGACAUGGAUGAGAUUACAGGACUUACUAAGGACAGAGAGUAAACAUAGCAGAAAUAUUCCUGAGUGUACGAAUCUUGAGCCACAAGCAGUGCUUGCAAUCACACUGUUUAAUUUCUACGAGUGCCUUAUGAAAAAGUUUUACAUUUUUUAUAAGUUAUAUUAUACAUUUAACUGCUGGUCGGUUUGGGCUUUUGUUUACAGUUGUAUAAAGAUUUUGGUUUUGUAUAUUUUGUACUGUUAAUGAUGGAUCCUCUGAAUUGGCGGGGCCAGAAAUAAUGCUGAAAUUUGCCAGGAAUACCGUUUUGUAUCCUUGAUGUACAUGUGGAAUAGUUUAUCUUUAUUUACCAGUAGCAGGACCUGUUAUUUUCAUCCUGCAGUCAAAAUCUGUCCUUGAGUUACUCUAAACGUUACACACACUGAGCAGUGCUAGCUCCUCACAAUCAGUAUCUGGAUUCAGAUAUUACAUUAAACCAUAAAUUGGUCUGUUUACUCUCUUGUGACUAAAUAUGACAUGUGAACAUGACCAUUGUAGCUUAGCACAGAAUUGCUCAACAGUACACAAUUAUUUGUAGUUCAUUGUAGCACCAAAGAAAGGAUAGCACUUAUUAAUUUAAUUUAGGCAUUGUCUAAAAAAGCUGUAGAUAUGAUUGCAAAGAUUACUAAAUGUGUUAGAGAAAAUAUUGUAUGGACAUGGAAACAUGUCUUACAAUAAGAGCAUGACUUGACUUAGUACUGGUUCCGUACCCAAGAUGUAAUAGUAAACUGUACAUUCAUCUGGACACACUAUUACAGACCAGUCUGGUUAUGAUGAAGAUUGGUGUCAGGUCCAGUACUUAGAGCAGUCCAGAAAAUCAACUCUGUAAGAAGACUAAAACUACCUUUACUGAGAUUGUAAGAGUAUUUAUAAGAGCAUCAUACAAGCCUAAUUGGGUUGUACCUUGCUCUCCUUAUAGUUCUGUGAAUUAAGGAGGCAUCUGAACCACUUGUGAUGUCAUCUGGCUGUUUGGAACUAUAAAAAAUGCUUCAGUUUCUUUUGUCUAGGUAACAAUUCUGUUAAGAUCAUCUUUCACUCAGUACAUUCACUCGGUCUGGCCAAAAUACCACAUGGUAUUUUUAAUCAGAAAAACAAGAAAGCAGAUUUUACUUUUUAUGGGGGUUAUUCUUUUAAUAAAGUGGAAUAUCUCUUCAUUAUUAUGACUCUAAAGAAGGUAAAGUGCAAGUUUAAACUGCAAAUUUUCUCACCUGGAUACAGAGCAUAAAAGAAGAAUGGAAACUGAUAAUGGUAAAUGGACCAGAAAGAUAUAUUCAAGUGAAAUUUUCCAUAAUUAUCUUUGGUUGGAUAUAGGGAGAAAUGUACAAUCUAUAAAAUAUUCCAACAGCCUACCAGAACUAUGGGAAAAACAGAAAAAAUACAAACCCAGUCUAAUCACCCCUUGUUUUAAUACUGAAUAUUGUAAAAAUAUUGUCUUGUCUGAUCAUUGCAUUAAGAGUAGACCUUCUAAAAUCAUGUAGCAACGUUCAUGAAUCAUUCAUUCUGAUUGGUUUUAUUAUACUUGUUAUCUUUGUUAAUUAAUGAAUACUGAUUUAAGUGCUAUAUGUGACUAAUCAAAUGCCACUUUGAAAUUUUUAAUUAAGUUUUAUACAACAUGUAAACCUCUUAUGCUUUUUAGCUCUUUUUCCAGGUGGUGCUUUCAAAUAGCUCUAGAAAUAUGUAAACAAACAAUAAAAAGAAACUCAGUUUCUUUUCAGGGUUUUAAGGAGCAGUCAGGUUUCUGAAACAGUAAAUGUUAUAAUCUAGUCACCAGCUUCCGGAAUUCUCACAUGUAUACCAGCCAAAAAACCAGAAUUUAUUUCUACAUCCCAAAACUCUUAGAUUUACUGAGCUUCAUGAAUCAAAUGAAAUUGAGAGCAAAAUGGCUGGCCUUGUUUACAAUUCUGGGUGUAAAACAGUAUUUGUAAAGGAUUAAGAUACUAAUUUCUAAACAUUCUGUCUUUCAGUAAUUCAUGUUUCAAUUCAGGACUCAUGGAUUAACUAUUCCAGGGGUCUUCAAACUUGGUCCUUUUAUGACUUGUGGACUUCAACUCCCAGAAUUCCUCAGCCAGCUAUUCUAUAACUAACACUAGCUGACCUCUUCCCUUAGCAACUACUACAUUUGAGACUGGCAGCUUGGUUGUUAAGCAGAGUGGUUACCGAGUUAAAAAUCACAUGACCGUGAUAUGCUUAUGAUUUUACACAGGACUGUGCAUACUGACUUACUGUAAUACCAAAUGUGAUUUAGAGAGAUGUUGCAGUCACAAAUGUGAUGUUUGGUGCAAAAUUACUUUUCCAACAAAGUCGUAACUGCAAGCUGUAGCUGCUUGAGGAAGUUGCUAAGCAAGAGCUACUAGUAGUUUUCUAGAUCUUUUCAGAUUUUGUUUUAAAAAAACAUUUUAAAAAAACAUUUUAAACAAUUCAGCACCAAUUGUUCUUUUCAUUACACUUUUUUUAAGCUGGCAAAUCUGGUAGAAACAUGCAGUUUUCUAAGAUGUGUAGUUUUUUUUAAAUGUGGUUUUAUAAUAAAGAUUCCAAAGAGCACUGCUUUCAUGGGAUUUGAAGCAUAUUAAAACUGUCAGACAAGAAAUAGCUGGAUUUUUAAAUAUUAAUAUUAAAUAUUAAUAUUCUGAGAACAGGAGCAAAUUGUAUGCUUAAUUUCCUCCUGCAUAUCUUCAGUAUCAUACAAAUUCUUUCACUCAUUUACAAUAUUAUUUAUCCAUUAAGUUUAUUCUUGACUAUCAUUACAUGUAGUUAAAUCUUCAAACCCAUCCUUCAGAACCCAUUACAUUAUUCUUUAAGGGGAACAUUUUAAUUUUGGAACUGGGAUGUUCUGAUGGGCAAUCAUGUUAUUCUGCCUAGCUGCAGCCAUUUAUGCCAGUUUCUGCACUUUUGACUAAUAUCAGAAGCAUAUAUGCUCCUAUCACUUACACAGCAAUAAACUCUAUUGACUACGGUAAGGCAUAACUUCUGAAUGACUCAAGUCUGUAAACACUGGAAGAUACGUACUCUUAGCUGUAAUAUAUUACCUCUAUUGAAAAUAUCUAAUAAAUUAUUAUGUUUACUUUUCUUUAACACUGGCUGAAAUACAGGAAGCUCUUUUUAAAUUUCAGUUUGUUUGCAUGGGGAAGAAAAUCACUUGAGUUCCCCUCCAGCCUAAGAUAACUAACUUGAAGACUGGUUCAGUAUGUCUUUACAUAUCCCAACAGCAUUAAUACAGAUGUUCAUGAUGAAUUUUAAUUACCAUUCUACUUGAGUCAAGCGUUUUCACUGCUGUUAGAUUCGAUGUAGAAAAUAUUGCUUUCUGUAAUACGGACAUUCAUAUCCGGCACAAAAAUGUUACACAUUUUCACUCCUAGAAUCAAGUUUCAUAGAACAAGGCUGGCAAAAAUGUAGCCAGCUUAUGUGAACUUAACUGCUGUGGUUAAUUUAAAGUUCAGACACAUUGGUUCAAUAAAUAAUAGUUUGCGCUCCUUUAUAAUAUUGUAGAAUGUAUGCUACAAUUUUUUACUUUUCUGUAUUUUUUAUUUUUGUUAAAAAAUAAUUCAGUAAAUAGGGGUAUUGUACAAAGCCUUUAUGUGUAUUUUGCACUUUGUACCAAAACAAAUGAAUAUACUGGAGCUUGUGUUCUAAAGAAAGAUGAAUCCUGUUGAAUAAAUUUUGAAACCAUC